CGGAAUCGUUAAAUACAAUGCAUGCGAAAUUAUGGCUCUGAAAUCCAGCUUGUCCUGUGAACACCAUUAUACAGCCGCAUGUUCCGGUCCUCUCUUUCAUGCCGAACAUUUUCGUUUUUCCAGGCACCGAGGGAUCUGCGAUUGGACAUUGUUCGCGUUGGUGCUCAUGCAUACUGCAGUGGACCGGUCAUUGAUACUAGGGAACUGUUUUCUUCGCUACAGCGAUUUCACCAUGUGUGGAUAUAUAAAGUUUAAAUUUUCCACCACGGCGAAUGUUUAAUUCUUGUCCAAGAGUAGCGUAAUCCAUGGUACCUUAGCUCACGCUGAUCAAUGGAACUCCCCUCUUUAAUAAACGGAUCUGAAGAGACGGAGAAUACCAAACCUACAGAACCCGAGCAGGGUUCCUCUCUUCGGCAAGAAUCCAUCUCCCAAGACUUACGGAAACACCUCCACAUCAAGUCCGAGCAGCGACGUCGUAGCAAGAUCAUCGAUGGAUUCCAGAAACUACGCAACAUCAUCCCGCUCGUUAAACCGCAGACAGACUCCAAAGCGCAGGUGCUAAAAAAAGCUACUGAGUACAUCGAGGAGUUGCAGUACCAGAACAAUGCGCUAGCGGCCAAUUGCGAUAUGCUCAAAGAGUACUCCAACCAAUUGCACAACCAAUUGCUACAACUCAACGCAACUCCUGCAAUGCCGAUGCCCCAGCUUCACAGAGUGUAUUCACAAGAUAUGGGCCACACGCCAGCUGCCUCCCAGACACAGAUACAGUAUCCUCCAUAUCCGGGCGUUUUUGCGCCCCCCAUGGGACACUCGCAUUCCGACGGACGAAUAAUGCCCUACCCGACAAGUCUUGCACCUCCGCCCCCGGUUGGCUUCGCCCACAUACAGUCUCCCUACUCCAGAAGAUCCACCUUCCCAUCACCCACGUUGCACCAUAAUCAUCCCUCUGGCCAGGACUACAUGAUGACCGGUGACGGCACAGCCCCCCUCCCCCCUUUCGCCCAGGGACACUUCCCAAAAAAGUAAAUAGGCAUUACCGUGCAAUGGCCGAUAGCAUGAUUUUCACAUCCCAGUAACGGCGGUAGAUUUGCGCGAGUGCUGGUCGGCUAGCCGAGGCUUGGCCUGUAUCCGACUCUGCACAGUCUCCUCCCAGUAACAGCGAAUAAAUAAAUGUACGCGAGACGCACAAUCUGAAAAGUGCACCAGGCCAGCACAAUGCCAACGACUCCGAGCGUCUCAUUUUUGCCUUGCCGAACCUGUCUGCGCAGCAUCCUCCGCUGCCAAUGCCGGCUUGCCGGUGGGCAUUUUGCGUUCAUGCCAAACCCGUCCCGCACCCAGCGCCGCUAAAAAAAAAACGCUUCUGGGCUUGGUGAGGAAAUAUUUCCGUUCUGCAUUCAUCUGUGCGAUCUCCAAAUAAAAACUUUUUUUUGAGCACUCUGCUCAUCUUCAAGCACGUAUCACGAGCCUCUGGCAAGGCAUACUGCAAAUUUUGUGAUGUAGCCCAAAGCUAUUGUAGAGCUGAUGCACAACUUGGCAACUUUUUGUUCAAUGCACUAAACGUGCUCUGGGUGGUUUCCUGUUUGAGUAGUCGUCCCCGAGAGUCUCGUAUCUCUCCA